CCUGUUUACAGAAUGAUCUGGUUCAUCGCCCUCGUGCUGUCCGCUGUGUCACUUUACUGGAUGAGAUGGCGUAUAAAGAACAAGAAAUUGCUGGACAUUUCCGAUCAGCUCCCUGGCCCUCCUGCGAUACCAAUCUUGGGUAACGCAUUACAAGUGGCGGGACCUCCUGAAGAGUUAACAAACACUGUUGGAAGUUUCCUGCAAGAGUAUGGUGACCUCUUCAGGGUAUGGAUUGGGCCUGAUCUCAAUAUUUUUGUGAAUGACCCCGAUGACAUUAAGACGCUUCUCAAAAGCCAGAAGACCAGCGUUAAAGAUCCCCAGUAUAAGUACAUAAAAGAUUACUGCGGAUCCGGCCUUCUCAGUGGUUCAGGUCCUAGAUGGAGAAUCUGCAGAAAGACGGUAUUACCAAACUAUGGCAAAAAAGCAUUAGAGGCCUACGAUGAAGUUAUCAACGAGGAAGCAAAUGAAACUGUCAAACGGCUUAUGACUAAAGCUGGAGGAAAAUCGUUUGACAUAUAUGAUGACAUAGUCUUAGGCACUACUUACACUGUUUGCCGUACAUUAAUGGGAUUGACAAAGGAACAAACCAUAAACCUACCAAAUAUGAAUCUCAAAUUUCUACAUGAAGCACACGAUAUGUACUUAACAGUUUUCAUGAGAAUGACUCAAUGGUACCUUCAAGUUGAUCCAUUUUACUGGAUGACCGAAUAUUAUCAAAAACAAAAAGAGCUGAUUAAAAAAAACACUGAAAUCGCAAAUAAAAAUGUGAAGCAUAGACUGGAAAUUCUGGAAUCGAUGGACGAAUGUAAGAUCAAGGAAAUCCUGAACGCAGAGGGUGACAGCACACAUAACACAGAGCUCAGCGUCAUCGACAGGCUUUUGUUGUCGAACCAAUUACCGAGCAAUGAAGAACUGGUGAAGCAAUGGUUCACUCUUUUUACAGCGAGUCAAGAGGCGACUGCCAAGAUAACAUCAUACGCUUUGCUAAUGAUGGCAUAUCAUCCCGAAUGCCAGGAAAAAGUCUACGCCGAAAUAAAGGAGGUUUUCGAAGACAAUGUUCGAGAUGUCACCGAAGACGACCUGAAAUUGAUGCCGUACCUAGACAUGGUGUUCAAGGAAGUCAUUCGACUCUUCCCCAUCGGAGUGAUGCUUCAAAGAACCGUAGCUGAAGACAUUGAAAUAAGCAAAGCGACACUGCCCGCUGGGAGCUCGCUCGUGGUGCCAAUAUACCAUUUGCAUCGUGAUAAGCGGCAUUGGACCAACCCGAACGCCUUCGAACCGGAAAGAUUUAGUCCCGAAAACUCCAGGCUGCGCCAUCCUAAUUGCUACAUUCCUUUCAGCCUUGGACCAAUGGAUUGCAUGGGGAGGUACUUCGCUAUCAAACUUGUGAAGACUAUAUGCGUCAAGGUGCUCCAAAAGUUCCGGUUGACUUCUCCAGAGUCGUACGAGGACAUGCGGCUCGUGAUGGCAGUAUCGGUUGCCUCCGUCAAUGGCUAUCCUGUUCAAGUGCAUCCGAGGAGUUAAAU